AUGUCUACUAGUAAUUUGCUGAGCACCUUGAUGGGUCUUGCCGACGGCGUGGUUGUGAGUUCUCAUGAUCCCUUUGCCUUUGCAAGUACAAGUGCUACUGGUAUCGGUAGUCAAGUUUUCUCCAAGAUUUGUGAACCAGAGGUGAAUGCUCUGGUGGAUUGUGCUUCCACUACGGGUCUCUUGUGUGGAAGUGAAAGUGAUCACAAUGCCGAAGAAACAUGUGCAGUACAUGUCCCUGUAGACAGUGCCAAUUCAAUGACUGACUCCAUCUGUGCCAUCUCCAUGUCCUACUAUUGCUGGAGUGACUGUUGCUCUUAUUCCUCACACUGCCAAGUCCAAGCUCAGCACAUGCUGGAUUGCUUUGCCACAGAAUUCAAUUGUGGUACCGACUUUGCUUGCAACAGUAAUAGCGCGGCCCUGCAUGCUAGCACUGAUAGUGACGGUAGUGACACUAUCCUGGAAUUGGAGCAUGACGAUGACUCUGAUUAUUCUUACCACUGGCCCUUCUCGAGGAGACGUCUCGACGAUUUUGGUGUGGGGGAUGGGGAUAACAUCGCAGAUGACUACGUUGUGCUGGGACCAGUCCCCUCCGCAACGAUUGACUGCUUUUCCAAAACAUCUUCCCUACAAGUCCAACAUAAGGGUACCGUCAUGAUUCAAGAUUUGCAAAUUGGGGACAUGGUACUCACCAAUUCACAUCCAUCAUCAUCUGAUUAUGAGGUUACCUACGAACCCAUCUAUUCCUUUGGACACUUUAGCCCGGGCACAAUGGGGACAUUCCACCGAAUCACAACUUCCCAUCCACAUUUACAACCCUUGGAAAUCACGUCGGGCCACCUCAUCUAUCACCAUGACAAACCAAAUCCCGUGCGAGCCGAUUCUCUUCGAGUCGGCGACGUCCUCCGGAUGGGUCCACAACCCGUCACGAUCACUUCCAUGGAACUGGUGGAACGAAAAGGACUCUACGAUGUCAUGACACCCUCUGGUCGUCUCGUCGUGGAUGGGCUUGCCGUUUCCUCCUAUAUUGCGCUGCAAGAAUCCCAUCCCGAAGUUUGGCAAAUACCCAUCUCAAACGCACUACCGGUAGUAGUCCAAAUACCCCAUCAAACCUUGGUGCAUUGGCUCGUCACGCCCUAUCGCAUGUUGUGCAUGGGAGUAUCGAGUCGCUUGUGUCAAGUCUAUACCGACAAGGGAAUCCCCUACUAUUUGGAUUACGGGAUCCUACUAGUACAAUGGGUGCAGCAGCAACAACAACCUGUCAUGCCGGUUCUAUUUCUAGUGUUGGCAAUGCCACUCGUGUGGCUACUGUGGUGCGUCGAGUUGGUGGUGGGUGCUCGUCGCGGACCACUGGCGAUCUUUGUCAUGGGAAUCGUUCUCGCGGCACGACGGAAACGCACGCACCCUUCGUGUGAAUUUUAG